AGUACUCUCACCAACUAAACAAAAAAAGCUCAGAUCUCUCUCCCCUGUUUCUCUCCCACACACGUUAAGUCUCUCAGAUCACUCGUCCUCUUCGAUCAGAUCCGUCUUCUCUCCAACCAAAAAUUCUCUUCUUGUUCUUCACCAUUCAAGGACUCAUGAAACCCUAAAUCCUGGUAUCUGCCACCAUUUCUGUGCACUCAAUGCGCAGACAAGUGGAUCACUAUAUACUUUAGUUGUUGUGUAAUCUCAACUAUACCAUGUAAAGUGGGGGCACGAGUCUCGGCAAUUUAACCAUCAGAAACCUGGGGAUGUAUUUUAAUUUGCACACCAGUUUCAAAUUCGGUGCUUAGUAGAUUUUCAGAGUUUGUGUCUACUGCUGUAAAUCAUUUGUCAUCCCCAAAGCCUUCUGUUGUUCCACAUGUAUCAUCCAUUAUGAUGCCUCCAGGAGGUUCUGGUCAUGGUUUUAGUUUCACUAGUUCCGGGCAGAAGAAUAAUUUGCGACUCUCCUCAUCCCUUCAAGAUUUCUCUGCAUAUCGCCAGCUUGAUCCAGAAGAAGGCAAUCUUAAUCGUGGAAUUGAUAACAGUUUUAAUCAUGCAAAACAGUCUCAUUUCCUACAGAGAGAAAAUGCCGUGUCAAGUUUUUCCAAGGAGAAAGCAUCACCAACAAUCCCUUUUGUGCAAAAGAAUUGGGUGCGAGUGAUCAUGGUUCUCCUGUGCUUAUUGAUGCUUUCUUUAUUUAUAUAUACAGUAAAGUUUUUGAUUUCUAACUGGUCUCAAGGGGCAUCCAGGUUCUAUGUUGUACUUGAUUGUGGUAGCACUGGAACUCGGGUUUAUGUAUAUCAGGCAUCUGUUAAUCACAAUAAAGAUGGCAGUCUUCCUAUUUUAUUGACAUCAUUGCCAGAAGAAGGUCUUCAGAGAAAGCGUAGUUCACAGGGUGGGCGUGCUUAUAAUCGAAUGGAGACUGAGCCUGGGUUUGACAAAUUAGUGCACAAUGUAACUGGUUUGAAGGGAGCAAUAAACCCACUUCUUCAAUGGGCACAGAAGCAAAUUCCCAAGCAUGCACAUAAGACUACUUCAGUCUUCCUUUACGCUACUGCUGGGGUUCGAAGGCUGCCUAGUUCAGAUUCAGAAUGGCUUCUUAAGAAUGCAUGGUCCAUUCUUAAGAGUUCAACCUUUGUGUGCCAUAGAGAGUGGGUUAAGAUUAUCAGUGGCAUGGAGGAAGCAUAUUUUGGAUGGCUAGCUUUAAAUUAUCACACUGGUGUUUUGGCAGCUCCACCAAAAAAAGCAACAUUUGGUGCACUUGACUUGGGUGGCUCAUCGUUGCAGGUUACUUUUGAGAGCAAGGAACAUGAGCAUAAUGAUACUAGCUUAAAGCUUAGUAUUGGUCACGUUAACCAUCAUCUCAGUGCCUAUUCUCUUUCAGGUUAUGGGCUGAAUGAUGCUUUUGACAAGUCUGUGGUUCAUCUUGUCAAGAGGCUUCCUGAUAUUACUAAUGCAGAUUUAGCUAGUGGGAACAUUGAAAUUAACCAUCCUUGCUUGCAGUCUGGUUAUAAAGAGCGAUACAUCUGUUCUCAGUGUGCUUCUAUUUACCAAGAAGGUGAGAGUCCUCUGAAAGGUGGAAAAAAUUUGGUUAAAGGAGGGAAACGUGGAAUUCCAGUAAAGCUUAUUGGUGCUCCAAAAUGGGAAGAAUGCAGUGCACUUGCAAAAGUCACUGUCAAUUUGUCUGAAUGGUCAGGUUUAAGUCCAGGACUUGAUUGUGAGUUGCAACCUUGUGCUCUUGGAGGUAAUGAACCCCGUCCUUAUGGUCAGUUCUAUGCAAUGUCUGGGUUUUUUGUGGUGUAUCGAUUUUUCAACUUGACUUCCGAUGCGACACUUGAUGAUGUGUUGGAAAAGGGUCAGGAAUUCUGUGAAAAAUCUUGGGAUAUUGCGAAGAAUAGCGUUGUUCCUCAGCCCUUCAUAGAGCAGUACUGCUUUAGGGCACCAUACAUAGUGUUUCUAUUGAGAGAAGGCUUGCACAUUACAGAUAGCCAAGUUAUUGUUGGUUCUGGAAGUAUUACUUGGACACUUGGGGUUGUUCUGUUGGAAGCUGGGAAGGCAUUGUCAACUAGAAUGGAGCUUCAGAGUUACGAAAUACUCCGGAUGAAGAUACACCCAGUUGUUCUUUCUGCCAUCUUGUUUGUUUCGUUGUUGUUCCUAGUGUAUGCAUUAUCGUGUGUUGGCAAGUCGAUGCCAAGAUUUUUCUGCGGCCCAUAUCUUCUUCCCCUUUUCAAGCAUGACAAUGCCUCAACCACAUCUGUUCUUAAUAUUUCAUCCCCUUUCCGUUUUCAGCGUUGGAGUCCUGUAAGCUCAGGGGAUGGAAGAGUUAAGAUGCCACUGAGUCCAACAGUUGCAGGUGCCCAGCAGAGAACAAUUAGCAUAGGAAAUGGUUUCAGUAGCAGUGGCAUUCAGCUCGCAGAGUCGUCUUUAUUCCCAUCAACUAGCAGCGUUUCACAUAGUUAUUCCUCAGGUAGCUUGGGGCAGAUGCAAUUUGAGAAUAAUAGCAUGGGUUCCUUUUGGUCACCUCACAGAAGUCAGAUGCGUCUUCAAAGUAGGAGAUCACAAUCUCGGGAAGACCUUAAUUCUUCACUGGCUGAGGCACACUUGGUGAAGCUUUGAAGCAUGCUCCGCAAGAAACUUUGGUACAAUCACUUGAUUCGGCUUCAACUUGCAUUUACAUAGAAAUGUCAUUUAAAGUUUUGCUUCAUUAAAUAUCAAGGCAUUCUUUUUGUACCAUAUAGAACUCUCUCUAUUCAGCUAAUGCAAAUUUAGACUUGGGAGUUGAAACUUAGAUUUGUUCUCCAUUGCGUGUAAAUUUUCUAGUGUUUUACGACACAUGCGUCAGUAGCUAGCUAAUCAGUUUAUGAAAGAAAUUGUGAUUUUAAAACGAA